UAUUCUUUUACAGAGUACCUAAGCACUUAUCUUUAUUCUAUGCCUAAGCAGUUGUAAGCACGGUCCAAGUCUAACCGUGGACCCAAGUAUUGUUUUUUAUUAUUGUGUUCAUGGUCGUGACUCGUGAUUAUAGUUUUUUGUUAUAAACUAUGACUCAUUGGUUUAAUCUUCGUCCUUAGUGAUAGUACCUGUGGGCCGUAGCCCUACUUUGAGUUCCUACCAUAAUAAUAAAUAAAUUAUUAUUGUUGUGACUGAGUUGUGAGUAAUAAUAUUAAUUAGUAAGAAAUUUGUCAGAAAUCAGGAUUCUGAAUUUUUCUGAGCUACUUGUUUAUUGUUCAUGUUUCGUACAUCUUUAUUAAAAUUUAUUGCCACUUAACAUUGACGAUUAAAAAUGUUUUCUUCGGACGCCAAUUAUUCAAAACUCAAGACUAACUUGAGACUGGCGUUAAAUCGUCUAAAGUUAUUGGAAAAAAAGAAAACUGAACUAGCUCAAAAAGCGCGUAAAGAAAUUGCAGACAUGGUUGCAGCGGGGAAGAGCGAACGUGCUAAAAUCAGAGUUGAACACAUCAUCCGCGAAGACUACUUUGUUGAAGCACUUGAAAUUGUCGAGAUGUUUUGUGAUGCGUUGUUAUCCAGAUUUGGUCUCUUACAACAAUCAAAAAUUUUAGAUUCUUCUCUUGCAGAAUCAGUUUCCAGUUUAUUAUGGGUGGCUCCUCAUAUUCAAGCUGAUGUCAGUGAAAUGAAAGUGAUAUCAGAUCAAUUAACACAAAAAUUUGGUAAAAAAUAUACUGAGGCAUGCAGAUCAGAAAACAUGGACACUGUAUCUGAAAAACUCAAGCAUAAGUUGAGUUUAAGACCACCGCCAAAGAUACUCGUGGAGAAAUAUUUAAUUGAAAUUUCCAAAAAUUAUAAUGUACCUUAUGAACCUGAUUUACAAGUCAUGCAAGAAUAUGAACAAUCUCAUAGUAUAGAUUCUAUACUUUUUGAUGGUAAAAAUCCAAUCAAUGAAAAUGCCACACGGCCUACAGGGUUUAUUGGUUUUCCAUCACAGCCCAUGGCUCCAAUUCAGGCACCGCCUAUUAAUUAUCCAAAUAUGCAAACUAUGAGUUCAAUGUUAGAUUCAGUUCCAUUGGAUUUUGAAAUGCCAUCUUCAUUACCUACAGUAAUUGCACCUACUAUGCCUAAUAUACCCGCACCCAAAACUCAGCCAAUUCAAAAACCACCAGCAGCUAAUAUAGUCAAACCUGUUCCAAAAAACCCAAUUUUUCCCAAUAAGAACUUGGGUUUUUCAAACUUACCUGACCUUCCUAGUGUACCUACAGAUAUACCUAUUGGUGAUAUUAAAGAAAAAGAUGAUGAUGAAGAAACUGAUUUUGAUGAAUUAUUAAAUCGAUUUGAGGAUUUAAAAAAGAACAAAAAAUAAGUAUUUUAUAUUUUUUAUUAUAUUCCAUUUAUUAUUAUUAAAAUGUUAUAACGUAUUAUUGUUAUUUUUAAAUUUUCAAAAUUAAAAUCGAAAUAUAUAUUUUUACUAGUAAUAA